AUGGAAGAAAUUAGAAAAUUAAUUAAUGAUUUAGGUUCAGAUAAAUCAACUCAAGAAUCAGCUACAGAAGAUUCAGUUGAAAAUAUUAUUAAAAAAAUUCAAAUAAAUAAAAAUAAUGUUGAAGAGAAUACAUUAAUUUACAAGACAUUAGCAGAUUUAUCAAAAAUUCAAGAUAAUAGAGAAACUAUUAUUAGAUCACCAUCCAAUAUCAUCGAAAAAACAUCAAAAUUAUUCGAAUUAUUAUUACCAAACGAUGAAAAAUCAUUCGAAAAAGAUAUUACAAAAGAAGAUGCUGAAUUAUUCUCAAUGAUUUGCAGAUUAAUUGGUAAUUUAACUUAUGAAAACGAGCCAAAUAGAGAAUACAUUUUUGACAAAUUCCCAUCAAUUUUAAGAUAUAUUGUUUAUUUAAUUAACCAAUCAAAAUAUUCAUCAGUUCAAAGAACUGCAUGUGCAUCAAUUGCCAAUCUUUCUUCCGAAACUGACUUUAUUCAACUUGAAUUCUUUAAAUUAGGUACUGUUUCAAUUUUAAUUGAUAUUAUUUGCGCUGAAAAUUCAAAUGAAGAAGUUAAUCAAAUGGCAAUUAAAGCAUUUAGUAAUAUUAUUGACAAUGAGGAAACUCAAAUGAAUAUUCAUUUUAAAGAAGUUGAAAGAUUAUUUAACUCAUUACAAAAAUCACUUAAUAAUGAAGGUUAUUAUGAAAAUUCAUUUGCACAAGAUUUAGUUCAAUCAUUAUCAGUUUUAUCACAAAAUAAGGAUUUACAAAAAGAAAUUUUACAAGAAGGAUUUUUAAAUAAUUUAUUAGAGUUAAUUGAAAAUUCAGAAAAACAAAGAGAAAUUAUUAAUGAAUUUAAAGUUGAAGAUAUUGAAAAAGAUAAAGAUAUUUCAGUUGCACCAGUAACAUCAGAAUUAAUUUUCAAAUUAGCAGAUAACGAUGACUACAGACAAUAUUUCUAUUGUAAAGGUAAUAAAAAUAUUAUUGACAGAAUGAUUACAAUAAUGACCACAGCAACACCAAAAUAUCCAGAAAGCGACGAUAAAGCACCAUUCAAGAUUAUGGAUCAUAAUAAAGUAAAGAAGAAUAUUACCAAAACUGUUGCACUUUGUUCAUUAGAAGAUGAAGUUAUCGAUAAGUUUAUCAAAACCCCAAAAAUAUUUAUUGACCUUUUAACUGAUCCAUCUGAAGACCCAGAAAGAAUUAUUAAUGGAUCAAUGAUCAUUGGUAACCUUGCAAGAAGCGAAAUGAAUUGCAAACUAUUAAACUCAUAUAAUGUUAUUGGUAUCACCUCUGAACUCAUGAAAAAGUUCCCAAAUUAUCAACCAAUUCAACACUUUGGUUUAUCCUGCAUUAGAAAUUUAACCCUUCCAACUGUCCACAGAGGUUUUAUUCCAGAUAAUACAUUAAUGGAAAAUGUUGUAUUCAAUAUGAAGGUACACAACCAAGUCAUUCAAUUCGCCGCUGUAUCAUUACUUAAGAAUUUCGUUGGCUCUGCUCAAUCAAACUUUAAAACUAUUGCACAAUUCCCAGAUGCAUUACAAUCUUUACUCGAUUUAGCUAAUGGUAGAAUACCAUCCAGUAUGGAAGAGUCUGCUGAAGCCAAUUCUGCUCCACAACAACUUGACGAUGCUAAAAUUGAAGAGCUUGAAGAGAAACAACAAGAAGUCGAAGAGAAAUCAAUUGAAAAGGAACAAAAGAAAGAAGAUAAUAUGACCAAAGAAACUAAAGAAAACGAAAAGAAAAAAGAAAGAGAUAUGAGAGUAGUUUAUGAAUCAACUAGAAUCAUACUAAGAUUCGUCGAAAAUCAAGCAGAAAUUGGUCUUGAAGAUGAUAAAAAAGACAACCUCAUCAAAGAAGCCAUCGAACCAUUUUAUACUUUAUUAAAAUCUCCAUUCCCAAUUCUUCAAAGCGAAGGCGCCAAAGGUUUAGCCUACUGUAUGAAACAUAAUAAAGAUUUAAUUACUAAUCGUAAUGAUUGGUUAACUGACCUCAUCGAAACCCUUAAAGUCUCUAUGGUUACAUUCCAACAAUUAGAAAGAGAGAAAAAAGUUACCGCAACCGACCCAAAUCAUCAAAGAUUACUCCAACAAUUACAAGCAAAUUGCCAAUAUAGUAACGAUCUUCAACAAGCUGUUCUCGCCAUCAUCUAUGGUUUCUCCUUAGCUGAUGACUCUAUCAUUAGUAAAAUGAAAGAACAAAAUAUAAUUCAAGAAUUAAAACAAUUAAAAUCAAAACCUGAAGCCUCUCAAAUUUUUAUUCAAUUAGUUCAAAAAAUUUUAACACAAUUAACUCUUUAA